GGAGCUUAGCGUUCCACCUUUAAAAUAAAAGUUUAAACUCCAGGUAGACGAAGUUCGUGAUUAAUUCAACACCUGGUGUAUAACUAUAAACAUAUGGACAUAUUGAAGAUGAGGAAAUGAAGGUAACCAAAAUAUUGUUUUAAAGUAAUAGCCAAAGAAAUGGGAAGCGAUAAAAGAAAUUGAUCAGGAUAAGACGUAAAGAGAAUAUUUGAGGAAAGUGGAAAUCCUAAAAAAUGUGGGAUGAUAGCUGAAGGAGAAGUUGAAAAGAUAGAAAAAAGGUUAAGGAGAUUGAUGAUCUAUUACUUGUAAGCCAUGAGUGACCCAACUGAGAAGGUAUUAUUUGCAGAUAAACUUGCAAAGUUGUGUUACAGUCAUUACAAAUCUUUACCUAAAACUGGAAAACCUCAGAAGGGAAAGGAAUGGACACACAUGUCAGCAAUAGUGAUUUCUUCAGAUUUUUUACCAAAAGGUCAUGACCUGAAGGUUGUUUCCCUUGCCACAGGGUCAAAGUGUCUUGGUCCAUCCCAACUUAGCUGUCAAGGUGCUGCCAUUAGUGAUAGUCAUGCUGAAGUCCUUGUAAGAAGACUUUUCAUAAGAUACCUAUACCAUCAACUUCAUCAAGUAUUUAUUGGGAAAACUUCUGAAUUCUUGGAACUGACAGAGGAUGAGGGUAUAUGCCAAAUGAAACCUGGGAUAAAAGUUCAUUUUUUUAUCAGCCAUACUCCAUGUGGAGAUGCCUCAAUCUUUCCCAAAAUGCAUGACUUUUGUGAUCAGGUAAGAUCACAACAUAGAUUAAAACGUAAAUAUUCGUGUGAAAGUCCUCCUGAAACAAACAAACGUAACAGGACAAUUUCAACUUCAUGUAGUCCUGUUAAUGAAGCAGUCCAAACUGGGGAAAUAGAUUCCUUAACUGAUCAUCAGACUACCAAUUUGGCCUUACUAAAUGAUGGUCCUGCAAGCCAGACAACUGUUUUGGAUGCUACAGAUGUUGGCUGUUAUGUAUCAGACACUUCCACUGUACACCAUUCUCAUACUCAAGAGGGUUGUCCCAAGAAAUGUGUUACUGGUCAGGAUAUAUUUGAUAUCCACAGAACAGGAGCAAAGUGUGUACCUGGAGAUUAUCAAGACCCCCAAGGAGAAGGAGCAGACUACCAUGUGACUGGAGUUCUAAGGACUAAACCGGGACGAGGAGAACGAACUCUGUCACUUUCAUGUAGUGAUAAAAUGGCCCGAUGGAAUGUAUGUGGCCUCCAGGGGGCCCUCCUGUCUCACUUUCUUGCACUUCCUGUUUAUCUUUCUUCCAUAAUCAUUGGUAGAUGUCCAUUUAAUGAAGAAGCAAUUGUACGUGCUGUUUUUGAUCGACUGAGAUUGGUUCAGAAUCUUCCAAAAGGAUAUCAUCCAAGUCUCCCUUGUAUCUAUCAGUCUAACUUAGAGUUUGAAGAUUCUCGUCAGCAGGUGGAGUUGGUGUAUGAAAAAGCUGUUCCAUGUUCUUCAGCUAUUCUGUGGUGUGAUGUCCCAGAUAGACCACUAGAAGUCACUGUCAAUGGUUAUAAACAAGGAGUAACAAAGAAGUCACUCCAUAAACCCAGUUCAAGACUAAAAGUUUGCAGAAUAGAACUUUUCAAAUUAUUUGAGAAUACCUUAAAGCUUCUACCUCAAAAGGCAUGGCCUGCACCAUUUAGGAACAGAUUAGAACUUUUGACAUAUGAAGAGGUUAAGAUGUCAGCAACAUGUUACCAAGAAUGUUGGGCUGCAGCUCGUCAUCACUUAAAAUCUUGGCCACAGAAGUGUGGAGAGUUUAAAAACUUCAUGCUGCACAGUUAUUAGUUAUUUGAAGAAGUUGACCAAAUUAGUGGAAUGUUUGGAAGUUUUGGUGUGUUUGUAGUGAGCCUGUAUGGUGUACAGUGUAAUUGAGCUAAUUAGGUAAUCCAGGUUUUCGUUUUCUCUUCUCAUUGCCCACUGUUAAACUUAAAUACAUCCACCAGUAUCAUUAUCAUAGUAAAAUAAAAAUGUGCACUUUUUGUGUAUCAGUUGA